GGCGGCGCUUGCCGGGCGCUUAUGUCUCGCAACCCUACCUUGGCGUGGUCGAGGACGACGACUGCGGCAGUGUACGCCUCCAUGGCUAAAAUCAAGCUUUCAGCACGUCCAGCACGAUGAGUGCCUCGACUUUACCGAACACCGCUGCGCUGGCAGGUCGUCUGGUUGCUCGUGCACGACACCGACAAUCCUUGGGUCUCCGAACAUCUCAGCAUGCGCGGAUCCACGCGCGGUCGUACUCCCAACCACCUGUUCAACAAAGCCUGGCAGGCGAGGUGAAUCGGAAGGAAGAAUCUGAUGCGUCUCAACGUCCUCAUUCGCGCGAUUCUGAGCCUCGCGCCAGGCCGGGAGGUUUCCCAACUUCGGGUUCGUCAUUUGUCGACGCGGCAGCGACAGCUUUGAUUGGUCUUGGAGCUGUGUUCUUUGGUGGUGUCGCAUAUGUCGCCUGGUACAAGAAGAACGUCCUCGACAAGAUCGAACUUGCGUUUGCGAGAGGCUACGACCCAGCCCUCGAGCUCGCAAGCAAUCCACGCACGCAGCACGACACCGGAGACGAUUACGUUCAUUGGAUGAAACACGUACGCCGCCGAGAACAGUCCUCACUUGACCGCAUCAUCAAGGGCACCGAGGCUGGACAGUAUUACCUGUUGCUCGGACCUAAGGGCACUGGCAAGGGCACGAUGAUGCUUGACGCGAUGCAGGCGAUCGAAGCCGAGGGUGUCGCUAUGUGUGAUGCGCACCCAGACCUGGAAGUCUUCCGUCUGCGUCUCGGCAAGGCGAUGAAUUAUGAGUUCAACGAGGACACGCAGACCAGUCUCUUCCAAAGGCGUGAUCCUCGGGAAGCGGGGCCGUCCUUGGAUAUCGAGCGAGCGUUGAACAAGCUAGAGAAGGUCGCGCUGCGAUACGCACGAAGAACAGGCAGGCCUCUCGUUUUGAUCUUCAAUAAUAUCCAUUUCUUCAAGAAUGACGAUGAUGGGAGGCAGAUGCUGCUGCAGAUGCAGCAGCGCGCAGAAAGCUGGGCUGCUGCCGGAAUCCUGACGAUGGUGUUCAGCAGCGACGACUUCUGGCCCUUUCUUGUCAUGCGAAAGACCGCCAGCAGAAUGCAGGUCGUGACGGUGUCCGACCUGAGCUUCAAGGACGCGCUGCGCGCCUCGGCACAGAUGCGCCUGAACGCGAAGCUCCCGACCGACUCAGAGGAGCUCCACGACGCCGUGUCCAUAGUGGGCGGACGGCUGUCGUACCUCGCGCAGCUCUCGAAGACCGCGAACAUGCGCGAGCACGCGCAGCAGAUGCUGGAUGUCGAGAAGGCGUGGCUGCUGAGUCUCAUCGGCCUCAUACCCGACUGUGACGACGAUGUCAUGGACGAGCAGAAGUGGAGCUCGUGCUCGUGGCUCCUCCUGCGCGAGUUCGUCAAGCAGCGGCGCGCGGACGAGCGCGAGCGUGCGGAGGCGCUUGCGGCCGGUGAGCUGUCGUCCGAGGGGCUGGACGAGCUGCCCCUCCCGAAGAUUCCAUACUAUAAAUGUCGUCAGAUAAUGACCAGGGCCGACUUUCUUGAAGACCUCGAUCGCGCCAAUGUCAUUGCCAUUGAUACGAACCAUGACGUUACGCCGGACUCCGUCCUGCUGCUGCAGGCGGCGCAGAAGGUCGUGGAGGAGGAAGGGUUUGACGACCUACUGGACGGCGUGCGGAACCGAGUGGACGAGAUCGAGAGUCUCCAUCGCACGAGGGAGUUGACGUUCAAAGACAUAAGCGCGGGUGAUCGCAUUCGACUCUCGGUGGACAAAGGGGGCGCGGUUUCGGUCACUGGCUGAUAGGCCUGCGUAGAACCACGAUCCCGCGAGUAUGUUCGGCCACACUACCCAACACCGCGUUCAGCGCAAGCAUCGCAAUGCGUUGAGGACGUGUUUCGGCCUAGUGCGUUCCAUUCCCUAUCUCGCUGAGCGGCUCGUCGCAACUUGGCU